AUGAGUAGAUAAAAUUAAUCAUAAGAAGAAAUUUUGAGAACUUAGGCAGAUGAGAGAAUUAAAGAGUUUUCAAAUAUUCUAAAAGAUAUGGCUGAAGGCUCAUCAAAUGUAGCUAAUAAGAUUAUAAGCAUUUGUGAGUAGCUUUAUUACUUGGAAAAGUUUUUCUAAAAAAUAAAACAGCCAAAAAGUGAUGAGAUUAGCUGCUAAUCUAAUUUUACAUUGUUUUAAAAUUUUAUGAUGUAAAAGAGCAAAGAAAAUGAAGAAAGAACAUAAAAUUGCAAAACUUUGUUUGAGCUCAAACUCGAUUUCAGCUUUUCUAAUAUAACUGAUAGCUCUUGUGAGGGUUUAGGGAUAGCUCUUACUUACUUUAAUAAACUUAAGUCUUUAUAGCUAGGUUUUGAAAAAUGCAAGAUAAAAGAUCUUGGUAUAAUUGGUAUAGCUAAGGGAAUAUCAUAUUGUUAAAAUAUUUCUUAACUUUAAUUGAAUUUUUGCAAAAAUAAUAUUGGUUAAAUUGGCGCGAUAGGUUUUUGCUAAGAGAUAUAGUAGUGUGAGAAGCUUAUAAAAUUACAAUUGGAUUUUAACCAAAAUACUAUUGGUGAAGAAGGAGGAUUACAACUAGGUGCUUGCUUAUCUAAAUUAAAUAAUUUAAUGAUCUUAAAUCUUGCAUUAAGCAAUAACAGUAUAGGAGAUAUAGGUGUAGAGGGAUUAGGAGAAGGAAUUUAAACUCUUCAAUAACUUCUGCUUUUGGAAGUAAAUUUAGAAAAUAAUUAAAUAGGAAAUAAUGGAGCCUUUAGUUUUGGUAAAGGAUUAGAAAGCACCUCUUCAAAAAUAUAAAAAUUAUUACUUAAUUUAAGUUAAAACUCUAUUAGAGAGUAAGGAGCUGUUCAAAUUGGAGUAGGAAUAUCAAACAGAAGUAACAUCAUAUCUUGUAUAGUUGAUUUAAGUUAUAAUGAAAUAGGAGAUGAAGGAGCUAUCUCUACUAUCUAGUUUCUAGUUCAAUCCAAAAACAUUUAAUUUUGUCAAUUAGGAUUAAUUUCUAAUAAAAUUGGGGAUAAUUCAGCUAUUGAAAUUGGAAAGAGUUUAUCAAAUUUAGCUAGUUUAAAGCAUCUGGACUUAGAUUUAUAAGGCAACAAUAUUUGCAACGAAGGAUGCAAGUAAAUUGGUAUUGGGUUAUCUAAUUGUACUUCAAUUUAAAGCUUAAAGCUAAACUUUUAGUCUAAUUAAAUAGAGGAUAAUGGGAUUUCUGGUUUCGGAUUAGGAAUUUCCACAAGAAAUAAGCUUUAAACAAUUUAUAUUAAUUUUUCUAAUAAUAGAAUAACUUCGUAAUCCCUGUCUGAUUUGAAAUUUAAUAAUUGCACUUAGCUUGUAAGUCUUACAAUCAAUAUGGAAUAAAAUUAGAUAGAUAACUUAGAAUCAUUUAUAAUUAACAUUCAAGAUUGUGAAUAUUUAUAAAAUCUAAGUAUUUUCUUCCAAAAAAACAUGAUUAAUGGAAUAGGUUUAUAAAUGUUAGGAGAAUGUCUUUCUAAUUUCUUAGAUCUUUAAUAAUUAGCAAUAUCAUUAGAAAAUAAUUAAAUAGAAGACUAGUCUAUGGAGGGCUUAGGAAUUGGUUUAAAAACUCUUUAAAAUAUUAAAGAGUUAUCUUUAGGGCUAUCUUUUAAUAAAUGUGGUGACAAAAUCUGUAGCUCAUUAGCAAACGGAAUAAAGAAUAUGAAGUAACUAAGUAAAAUAUAAAUAGGAAUGAGUUAUAACUAAAUUACAGAUAGUGGUUAUAGCUAAAUAAUUAGCUCUAUCUCAAAUUGCGAGCAACUGGAAUCAGUUUCAUUAGAUUUUACUAAUAAUGAUAUAGGAAAUAAAGGAAUUGAAUUAUUUUCUUUUUAUAUUUCAAAAUGCUAAAUGAUAAAUAGUUUAGUUAUUGCAUUAUCUAAAAAUAAGAUCAGUGAUGAAGGUGUUAUAAAUUUUACAAACUACCUAAAUUUAUGCACUCAUUUAGAUAAAAUUUAUUUAAAUUUCACUGAUAAUAAAAUUACGAAUCUAGGAGGAUCUAAACUUAUUAUGCAGAUUUCAAAAUGUGAAAAUAUCAAAGAAGUAGACUUGCUUUUAGAGAACAAUCAAAUUGAUAAUAUUGAAAUAGGAUAUUUAUAUUUAAAUAUAAAUGAUCCAAGAUCGAUAUCAGUAGAUAUAGCAUCUGAAGAAAACUGGAAGUAUUGGAUUUAAAAGUCGAAUCAUUAACUUUUUAAUUUCAUUGCGUUUAAUAAACUAUUUAGCAAGAUAUUGCUGAAUUCUUUUUAGCAAUCUUAUCUAGAUUUGAUUUAAUGA